AUGGAUCCUAGUGUCUACUACCGCAUCAUUCCAUUUUUCAUUAUAUCAAUCUUAUUAUUCAACACCGUUCCUGCCACUGUUGGGACGACUCGCUCAUCAGAAACAGACAACGAAACGGAGAAAAUAUCAUAUAAUCGAGAAAUACAUAAAAGUCGUCGCCUUACUGUUCAGAAUUUUAUUCUCAUUUGGUUAGACUCAAAAAUCAAUGAAUCUAAUAGUGAUUAUCAUAAUUCUAUGAAGCGGUUUCGAGAAAUCGUCAAUACAAUAUAUACAUUCACUAACGCUGAUCAAUGUGUCGAUUUUCUUAACGAAGUCAAAGACGAAAAAGUAUUUCUAAUCUUAUCAGAUGAUUUUAUCCAAUCUACAGUAUCUGUCAUUCAUGAUAUUCCUCAACUCGAUUCCAUCUAUGUAAUAUCUGGAAAUGGGUCAAAACAUGAACAAUGUGCGAAACAAUGGACCAAGAUGAGGAGUGUGUAUACUAAGAUGGGCUCUAUUAUUAAUGCCCUUAAACUAGAUGCUCAGCAGUGCGAUCGUGAUUCUCUCUUACUCAGUAUUACAAGCGGACAUUUAGAUCAAGUCGAUCCUGUUUUCAUGUAUGCGAAUUUACUUAAGAAAACUCUCAUGGAAAUAAAAUAUGAUGGCAACGCUAAGAAAGAAUUUGCUGACUUUUGUCGAAAACAAUACCAAAAUAAUUCGUACGAGUUGCAAAAAAUUAAUGCAUUUGAACGAGAUUAUAGUCUAGAUGCAGCAAUUUGGUGGUAUGCUCAAAAAUGUUUCCUCUAUCAAAUGAUUAAUCGAGCUCUUCGAACGCAAGAGAUUGAAAUUAUCUUCAAGAUGGGCUUUUUCUUACGCGAUGUUCAUCGACAAAUCGAAGAACUAAAUUCGGAAAAGACACGAAAGAGUAGUGUUUUCUUUGUCUAUCGGGGUCAAGGUAUCUUAAGUACAGAAUUUGAGAGGGUCAAGAGGACGAGUAAAGGUGACUUACUAGUGUUUAAUAACUUCUUGCAUGGAAGUCUUAACAAAAAACUAGCACUACAAUUUGCGCGAAAUUCGUUACGUGAUCCUGAUUUAGUAGGUGUUCUCUUCAACAUCACUAUCAAUAAUACACGAGCUUCGUCAAGUCCAUUCGUUUCACGACGGCAAGCUGAUGCUCUGGCAAAUGAGAAAGAAGGAAUUUUAUUUUCUAUGUUCACGAUAUUUCAAAUUACUGAUAUUAUGCCUAUUGAGAAUCGUCUAUGGCAAGUGGAACUUACAUUGAUGCCAGAUAACGACCAAAAACAAAUCAAACUUCUUGAACUCACGCGAAAAGAGGCAUCAAAGUCAAAUGGAUGGCAGCAGUUGGGUGAUUUACUGAUGCGAAUGAGGAAUUUUGACAAAGCCGAAGAAGCCUAUCAUAUACUAUUACAAAAGAUGUCAAAGGUAGACGAGAAAGCACUUCCUCAUCUUUAUAAUCAACUAGGUCGCAUAAAACACAGAAAGAAACAGUAUAUGGAGGCAUUGGAAUUCUAUGAAAAGGCACUUGAAAUUCAACAAAAAUCUUUCCCUUCGAAGCAUCUAGAUUUGGCCAGUACCUACACUAAUAUUGGUUUAGUGCAUAGCAGUAUGGAGGAAUAUACAAAAGCCCUAGACUUUUACCGAAAGGCGCUAGAAAUUCAAGAAGAUUUACUUCCUUCAGAUCAUCAAAACUUAGUUACUACCUACAAUAACAUCGGCUUGGUUUACAAAAACAUGGGAGAAUAUUCAACUGCGCUUGAGUUUUAUCAAAAGACACUAGAAAUUCAAGAAAAAUCCCUUUCUUCAAAUCAUCGAGAUUUCGCUAUGACCUAUAACAAUAUCGCUUCCGCCCAUUACAACAUAAAAGACUACUGGAAAGCUCUUUUAUUCUAUAAAAAAGCGCUUAAAAUUUACAAAAAGUAUUUUCCUGAAGAUCAUCCAUAUUUAGCUACCAUGUAUCACAAUAUUGGUUCAGUGCACCGGGAUAUGGAGGAAUACUCGACAGCACUCGAAUAUUUUAAAAAGGAACUUGAAAUCCGAGAAAAAUCCAUUCCUUCAAAUCAUCCAACUAUGUCUAGUAUUUACAGCUGCAUGGGUAUGGUACAUGCUAAAAUGGAACAAUAUUUGAAAGCACUGGAAUUCUAUCAGAAGGCACUUGAAAUUCAACAAAAAACUCUUUCUGCGAAUCAUCCAGAUCUAGCAGCUAUUUAUUACUACGUUGGUUCAGUAUACCAGCAUAUGCAAGAAAAUUCGAAAGCACUAUCAUUUUUCGAACGUGCUGUAGAAGUUGGACAACUUUCACUGCCUGAAAACCAUUCUGAUCUUGAAUUGUAUCGAAAACACCUUUAUGAAUUACAACAUGAGUUGUGA